UCAAACAUGCAUUCCUCUGCAGACAGAUUAAAGCGGCUCUCGCUCGGCCCCGUCGAGGAGUCGCACCUGAGAGGUGCAGGAAGCCGCAAACCCCUCCGGAGCACCGAGUGGAUUUCUUGCCUCCUGCUUUCUUUUUUACCUGGAUCAGUACGGUCUCGCUUUCGAGGCUUGUUUUAAGUUGCCUGCGACUCUUAUUUGGACACAGGCAGCUAAAGCAAGUCUGGGACGCCGGUGACACACCGACUGAGCCGAGGCCUGGUGAACCGCCUCCGUGUGAAGAAUGGAGAAUCUUUCCAUCUCCUCCACCAGGACGAAGCGUCACAGGAGGGGGGGGGAUAUUUGCUAAUUAAUUCUCCGUUGAUCUUCUGCACCAGAUUUCCUCCUCUUUGUCUGUGAGGAGAAACCGUGAUAUCACACAGUUAUAAUCUUUAAACUAAUGAGACACUCAAAGGCCUUCUUAAUCUGAUGCAUCUGCUUUUUCUCCUUUACAAUCAUGAGACCGAUACCUCACAAUCAACAGCCUAUGAAUAAACAAAAUAACCUGAAUGUGGCCUGAUGGUAUAUGUGAGUUUGCAUAUGGGCUGAAAUAAUAUGAAUGAUUAGCACACAUUUUACUGUCAACUCAGUCAACACAAGGCUGUGUGUUCAACGUGGGAUUUAGAUUCUCUGCAGGGUACACGUGGUGUAACUUAAUCUCAAUGUACAUUAAGUGCAAAGUGCAAAUACUGGUCAUGAGUUAUUCCGGUCAAAGUGUUGUUGGCAGAUUUCUUCUCUCCGUCUCUUUUGAAACAAUGAUUUCUUUCUGAGGGUGUGAUCAUGCGUCUGUUCAUGUCGUGACACAAUUGCGUUUGGACCGGACAAACCGGAUGCCAAAAGACACAAAAUACCCUUUCAGAGUUGUUCCUGUGUUUCUGUCGGAGUGUUGUCAUCGUUCCGUUUUUAAAAAGUUUUAAAAUGAGUCUGUUGCUUUGUCUCGAUUCAAUCACUCUCAUUGAAGGAAUAGUCAAGAAAACAUUCAGGGAAACAAUGAAGUGGAACUCUGGUGGACACAAGACAUGAAUUGAUGCACAGGGUGUGUUUUAACGCACAAACAUUCAAUGAAUCAUCUCUUUAAAUUAUUAUUUGUUUGAAACACCAGAGCAGAGAACUAUUAUAACAAUAAAGCCCUGGAUUGAUUGCAUUGAACAAUAUCAGAGAGAUUGUCUGUUGAUUAUGAUUCAAAGGUGAUAUAAAUCAAUCUCUAACAAUUAUGAAAUGCUAUGAUCGCGGUUUUAUUUACUCAACAUUUCUGCAUUUGCCUCUAAAUCCUUGUGAAUGGAAAAACUUCAAAAUAGCACAGUUGUAAUGAAAGGACUAAUAGUAAGGGUUUAUAUACUAAAGGGUGAUGGAGCCCACGCAGCCUCACACAGUCCACUGACUCUGGAAAACACAACAAUUAGGAAAACAAUGAUAAUGUCAGUGAGCAUCAGAAGCCUUGGUUUUAAAGUUACAACCCCCAAUUGAGGCUAUAUAACCUUAAACCCACCAACAGAAGGUCCCGGGGGAGGAAAUGUCCCUGCUUUCUCAUGUGCACUGAAGCGUCCCUUUCAAGGUAAAUAUUCUUUUCCCAACGCCAAAUAGGUCUUUGCUGUUUGCCGAGAGGUAAAGAGGCAGAAAAGUGAGGAGGAUCUGAACUGGUUUCCAUGUCAAACACUUCAAUUCACCAUAGAAACUCAGAUCUUAACGCGGAAACUUUAUUAAACUGUGAUGGUGGAUUGAUAAGGGCCCAAUUUCUAUCGGCCUCUUUUUAUUGUGGGCACCAGGCGGGCUGACAGAGGUAAAUUGCUCUUUUAAUUAAAGCAAUGCACCAGGGGAAAUUGCUGUCUGAAUAUUGUCUCAGAGAUGGGGGCCAGUGACAGUUGCCUGGAAACUUCAAUCUGUCCACCCGCAUUUAUUCCAGAUCACAGUUAUGAGAUAAAGUUUAAUAAAAAUCUUUUCCUCCGCCACCAACGAAAUGAAAUCCAACCCAUUCUGAACCACCGAACACAAUGAGACAGGACGGCGGAGGAAGCCUCAUGUUCAACAUGUAUCUCUCAGAUCCAACAGAUUCUCUGUUGAAGGAAAGCAAAGGAACAUCUUGGGGUCCACUAAACACAGGAGUACAAAAAGGCAGCGGUCAGAUCCAGCUGUGGCAGUUCCUGCUGGAGCUCCUCUCCGACAGCGCCAACAUGUCGUGCAUCGCCUGGGAGGGCACCAACGGCGAGUUCAAGCUCAUCGACCCGGACGAGGUGGCCCGGCGCUGGGGGGAGCGCAAGAGCAAACCCAACAUGAACUACGACAAGCUGAGCCGCGCGCUGCGCUACUACUACGACAAGAACAUCAUGACCAAAGUCCACGGCAAGCGCUACGCCUACAAGUUCGACUUCCACGGCCUGGCGCAGGUGUGCCAGCCGUCCACCACGGAGCAGGCCAUCUACAAGUUCCAGGGGAACUUCUCCCCGAUUCCCUUCGCCGGGAUUUCCAAACUGAACCUCGUGGCCCCCGGGGUGGCCCCGCCGGGCUUCUCCUACUGGCCCGGCACCCCUCCGUCGGCCCUGUAUCACACCCACAACCUCCAGCCGCCGGGGCCCUUCGGCACCGUGUCCCCGUCCCACAUCAGCUGCGUCAACAGCAUCAACGGCCUGACCGGCAUCAACAACCACUACAAUUGACUCUCGAUUCAUGGCUGUGGAACAGGAGAAAUUACCGACAAACACCGUAAAACAGCAACGAACGGAGAGAGGCGACAGAGGCAAAUAUUGCAUUCUCUUGGUUAGGAUUUAUCUCUACCCCCCCCGACACGUAACGAUAGAAUUAACAGCAUUAAUUUAAACAUGUAAUUGCGAGACGUCUGACGACUGCGUAAACAAACACAAUAGGAUUAACCCAGUUUAACCUUUAAACCAAGACUUAGUGUCGCGGGUGAUUUAUUGAAUCCACCGAGGGCCGCCUGUGAAAUGACGCACGGUAUUUAACACGUGUGCACUCAACUCGAAAAUAGCAGAGAGCGGGGUUUUUUUUAACGAAAAAAUGAUUCUAAAAAGCAGGUGAUUUAAACAGAGGCUGUGUUUUUAUACCUAUCACAUCUCACCCACGUCUGCUCCUUUGCUGCCUCUCGUCCUUGAUUGCUGUGCUCGUUUUCACGUACAGGUGGGUGUUUUUGCUGCAACUUGGUGAGCGUGUCACCAAUUGUGUCUGGACGAUUGGCGCCCUCUUGUGGUCAAAGGAUGCCAGUUGUUUUCUUUCACUGAGCCAUCACCACUUGACGACGCUCUGCUGAAAUAUAUUAUCUUUGCAAUUACAGUUUACCCCAACGUCCUAUUAUAAGAAAGUACAACUUGCAAUACAAAUAAACCAGUACAGAAACAUAGUCGUCGUUUGUGUGAAAUAAACUCUGAAUGAUGAAUGAGAGGAACUGUGAAUUCAGGAAACCUGUAAAUAUCGUGUAUGCUGUUGUAGAGGCCGGCUCGGGCUCUUGCUGCUUCUAAGUGAUUUGUGAUUGGAUUACACGGCAGUCAUUCACACAGCUUCUUACUGUAGGCAAGCCAGCCAAACUAAUACAAAACCAAUGAAGUAAAUAAAAUGUUUUAAAAACGU